UCUGCUCUCGCUCCUUAUCCCUUCAGCUUAGAAGCCGGAGCUGGGAGGCGGCGGCGCGAGCUAAGCAGAAGAAGAAGAAGGGGAAAUUCGGGUGCCUUCAUUUUGGAAAAGGGGCGUCAGCGCGCGUCAAGAGAGAAGGGGGGAAAGAGAGUGAGCGAGGCUAGGAGCCUCUCUGCCUUUGACACCGAGGUAAGACAAUGAAGCAAUAGAGAUGCUUCCCUUUGUGAUGACCGCCCUGGGCUCAGCAGGGACAACCUGCAGGUCCUCCAGCUGCAGCAACAACAGCACCAAGGAUUAUUGCUACAGUGCCCGCAUCCGCAGCACCGUGCUGCAGGGCUUGCCUUUCGGAGGGGUGCCCACCGUCCUCGCCCUUGAUUUCAUGUGCUUUCUUGCGCUGCUGUUUGUUUUUUCCAUUUUACGUAAAGUAGCCUGGGAUUAUGGGCGUCUGGCACUGGUGACUGAUGCUGACAGGCAACGGCGCUGGCAGCAGGAGCAAGAGGAGCGGGAAUACGUGGCGUCCGCCCUACAUUCUGACAGCCAUGAUCGCUAUGAGCGCCUCACUUCUGUCUCCAGCUCUGUGGACUUCGACCAAAGAGACAACGGCUUCUGCUCCUGGUUGACAGCGAUCUUCAGGAUAAAGGACGAUGAGAUCCGAGACAAGUGUGGGGCUGAUGCAGUCCAUUACCUCUCCUUCCAGCGGCACAUCAUUGGACUGCUGGUGGCCGUGGGUGUCCUCUCUGUGGGCAUCGUGCUGCCAGUGAACUUCUCAGGGGACCUGCUAGAGAAUAACCCCUACAGCUUCGGCAGAACAACUAUUGCGAACUUGAAUUCAGGGAAUAACCUCUUGUGGCUGCACACAUCCUUUGCCUUCUUGUACCUGUUGCUGACUGUGUACAGCAUGCGCCGCCACACCUCCAAGAUGCGCUACAAGGAGGAUGACUUGGUGAAGAGAACGCUCUUCAUCAACGGCAUCUCAAAGUAUGCUGAGCCUGAAAAGAUCAAGAAGCAUUUUGAGGAGGCCUAUGCAAAUUGCACGGUGCUGGAGGCACGCCCCUGCUAUGACGUGGCCAGGCUGAUGUUCCUUGAUGCAGAGAGAAAAAAGGCAGAGCGUGGGAAGAUCUACUUUACCAACCUGCAGACCAAGGAGAACACCCCGUCCAUGAUCAACCCCAAGCCCUGUGGUCAUCUCUGCUGUUGUGCUAUCAAAGGCUGCGAAGAGGUGGAAGCCAUGGAGUACUACACCAAACUGGAGGAAAAGCUGAAAGAGGACUACAAGAAGGAAAAGGAGAAGGUGAACGAGAAGCCGUUGGGCAUGGCCUUUGUCACCUUCCAUAACGAGGCCAUUACAGCCAUAAUCCUUAAAGACUUCAAUGCAUGCAAGUGCCAAGGCUGCAAGUGCCGUGGGGAACCCCGAGCCUCCUCCUGCAGCGAGUCUCUCCACAUCUCCAAUUGGACAGUGUCUUAUGCGCCUGACCCUCAGAACAUUUACUGGGAACAUCUGUCCAUUCGUGGCUUCAUCUGGUGGAUCCGCUGCCUGAUCAUCAAUGUGGUGCUCUUCCUCCUGCUCUUCUUCCUCACCACUCCUGCCAUCAUCAUCACCACUAUGGACAAGUUCAAUGUCACCAAGCCUGUUGAAUACUUGAACAAUCCCAUCAUCACCCAGUUCUUCCCCACAUUGCUGCUGUGGUGUUUCUCUGCUCUGCUUCCUACCAUUGUAUAUUAUUCAGCCUUCUUCGAAGCUCACUGGACCAGGUCUGGGGAAAACAGAACAACCAUGCACAAGUGCUACACCUUCCUCAUCUUCAUGGUCUUGCUGCUGCCAUCGCUGGGCCUGAGCAGUCUGGAUGUCUUUUUCCGCUGGCUGUUUGACAAAAAGUUCCUGGCUGAGGCAGCCGUGAGAUUUGAGUGUGUGUUCUUGCCAGACAAUGGGGCCUUCUUUGUGAACUAUGUAAUUGCGUCGGCAUUCAUUGGGAAUGCCAUGGACUUGCUUCGUAUCCCCGGCUUGCUGAUGUACAUGAUCCGACUCUGCCUCGCCCGCUCAGCUGCUGAACGCAGGAAUGUCAAACGGCAUCAGGCCUAUGAAUUCCAGUUUGGGGCUGCUUAUGCCUGGAUGAUGUGCGUCUUCACUGUGGUGAUGACCUACAGUAUCACCUGCCCCAUCAUUGUUCCUUUUGGUCUGAUGUACAUGCUGCUGAAGCACCUGGUGGACAGGUACAACCUCUAUUAUGCUUACCUGCCAGCAAAGUUGGAUAAGAAGAUCCAUUCGGGGGCUGUGAACCAGGUAGUGGCAGCACCUAUCCUCUGCCUCUUUUGGCUCCUCUUCUUCUCUACCGUGCGCACAGGGUUCCUGGCUCUCACAUCCAUGUUUACCUUUGUGGUUCUUGUCAUCACCAUCGUGAUCUGCUUGUGUCAUGUCUGCUUUGGACACUUCAAAUACCUCAGUGCUCACAAUUACAAGAUUGACCAUGCAGAGGUGGAUGCUGUGGACGGGAGGGAAAACGGGCGGCCUGCCGCCAACCACCCACCAGCUCCUAAAUCAGCUCAGAAGUACAUUGCCCAAGUGCUGCAAGAUGCUUCACCGGAGGGCGACGCGGCCGAGUCCGAAGAACAGGGGUCCCAAGACGAGGAGCUCAUCAACCCCAAUGGCAUUAACGAUACGGAUUUCCAGUCGUGCGAGGACAGCCUGAUAGAGAACGAGAUCCACCAUUAGGGAUGCGGGGAAUGCCAGAGGGGGGCAAGGGAGUCCCGUGAGCUGCCGAGGCCGCCGCGCACUGUGUGUCUGUGUAUGUGUGAGUGAGCGAGUGAGUGAUAGAGAGCAAGACCAAGGAAGUGGACGAACGGGCAGGCACCAACCACCGCUCCUUCCCACCCACCUGGCUGCUGCAUUUGUUGCUCAUUCCAAGGUGGGGAGAGACCUAUCCAUCGGACCUCCAUCCCCCGUCUUUCCUAACCCAGUUCUCUCUCUAUCCUCCUCCCUCGGGACGGGAGGGGAAUUUCUCUUACAAGCUACCUACCCUCCUGAAACCUUACAAGCCCAAGAUGGAGUGGGGGGAAAGGACCUUGCCCCUCCAUUGGGACAGGGCCGGAGGAGAAGCAAAGGACAACCGAAGCCUGGAUGCUUCCUAGCGGCAAGAGUCUCCUCCUCCUCCUCCUCUAGGGAGCACGUCCUCCCCCGUUCUCCUGUCCCUUAUCUAGGAUCACGAACACUAAUAACGUAUUAGAUUUAAAAGAGAACUGAGCUUUAAUCAAGGUACUGGACUUCCAAACUAAGACUGGGUGGCUUUGAACCUGGCAGGAAUCGGUGAUUCUGGCCUAGCGGAGCUGUUUUUAAAAACCUGUGUAUAAAUCUUCGACAUGCUUGUGCUUCGGCAAAACGUUUCAUCUCCGGUGCCCGAGAGGCAGCCCUGCGACACCUGCGGUCGGCCGCUCUGUCUCUGCAGGGAAAGCUGCCUCUCUACACAGUGUAGAGCUAGAGGGAUGGAAUGGGAAAGGGCCCUGCUGCCGUCAACGCUGCCCCAUCAAAGCUGCAACUGGAGAGUGCUCCCCGGCGACAGAGGCUGCCAGUGGCAACGCAGCUCCAGUGGAGGCAGAAAAGCCCCUUGCAGGGCGAGGGGAGUGCAGAGGAUUAGCGGGAUGAUUGUCCUAUCCAGGCUGGCAGUACUUCUCUCCCAUUUGUCCCCUCCCACCCACCAC